AUGCCAACUAAUCUUCCAUCGAGCUUUGCCUCGGCUGCCGCUGGUCAAAACUCCAACGCCAGAGGAGCAAGGAUUGACGUAAGGGGAAACAAUUCUGGAGAUUGGGCCGCCAGGAGAGAUGGUCGAUCUACGAAUGGUACACUUACCUUCCGUCGGUCAUCUACAACGCCCCUCGGCCAGCCCUCUUCUCAGCCGCCGCCCUCAACGGAUCAUGCAGUUCAACCCCCCGCCACCGCCGAGAGCCCUGUGAAUGCGUCCAGCUCGACAUAUGAGUUGCUCCCCGCACGAUACACAAGGGAGGAGCUUCUUGACAUCUACAGCUCACAAAAAUCGACCGGCGAUGUAUCCCACCUUUUUGCCCCAGGUUGGAAUCCUGGGCAAAUGAAUGGACAUGCUCCCAGAGGCUGGGGCAAGAGCAAUGACAACCAUAUCCCUCAGGAACCUGGCGCCUGCUGGGAUGAUUCUGGAGAAUCGGCUCCAAUGGGGCUGCAAGAUAUGUCCGUGGAGGAAAGAGAGGCUUUUAAUACUGAAAUUAAUUCGCCGCUUAAACCCCCGACCCAGAACAAAGACGCCCACCAAAGUGGUGCAAAUGGACGUAAGGCAUCUUUAUCCCAAGGCACUUCCAACACUUUUGGCGUCAGUUCACCUUCGUCGGCUACACGACCAGGCACACGACGACGCGAGACAAUCGAAUCGAACCCUUUCGGUGGAAGUGCCCUGGCAUCCCCCACUGCUGCCGGCCGGUUCAAUCGUGACGACCAAGCAUUCUGGUUUUCCCGUAGCAAAACCGACCUUAAGGAAGCCGAAGCCGACGAAUCCGACAACGAGCCUGGUCCCCGUGAGACGCCUGGCAAGCUGCCCCCCUUUGGCAAUUUGAUGCGCUCUAACACAGGUGGUAUUGGUGGUGUUGGCUCCAUCUGGCCACCUUCUAAUCAGACAACGCCCGGUGCAGGAGGGUUUGGAAACUUUGCUCUGACAGGUUCGCCUGCCGUGGGUGAUAAACGUGUUGGUGGCGCUGCCAGUGGAAGCCGGUUGGCUCAUCUGAUUCCAAAGGAUAGUUCGGAUAAUCUGAGUGGCAAGGCUGCGGAGGGCCAAAACCCUCUCAGUCAGCAAUCUUGGCGAUCUCGAACUCGAGCCGACACUGAUCCUUUUGGAGACGAUACUGUGUCAGGUAGCGCAGUACUUAGUGGCGCUCCGGACACCGACACUACCAGUCUAUCCCAGCAAAACAAUCCGGCAGGCGCGAUGGGCACCCCCAUCAAGGGCUCCGCUGCCGAUUUUGGUAUGUCUGGCCUUAGCCUUGCAGGUCAUGGCGAUGACGGCCCUUUGAGCCCCUCUGAGACCAACCCCUUUCGUAGUCCUCCAGCUGAGCGACACGGCCAUGACGGCGAUGGCAGCGACGACAAACCUCAUGGCGCAGGUCUCCACGAUGCCCCCUCGAAUUUUGGCUCCAUCGGCCGCGGCUUUGGGGGUUAUGAUGGAGGUGACCGCAGUCAGACAUCCAGCGUGGGUGCCAAGGCCUACCCAUCCUUGAAUACUCUGGGCUGGCCCGCACCCAGUGGCCCUGCAAUCGGAACUCCGGAUCGCGAAAGGCCCAACCUGGGUGGUGUGUUUGGAAACUCUCUUUUCAGCCCUAUGGGGGAGCUCCAAUCACCUGGGUUGUCGAACCUCAACAAUGUUUUUGGCCCCGCCAGUGCUGGCGGCCUAGGAACUGGAAGCAUCGGACGCGGUAGCAAGAUGGGGUCUUUGUUUCCUGCUGCCAUGCAGGCACAGAUGCAGACCAUUGAGCACGACAACAACUUGUCUGACUCUCUACCCGAUCUCCGCCAGAGUAACCCUUUGGGCGCUAUCGGCAGAAGCAACUUUGGAAUCCCAACCCGCGACACUGAGAGUCCAAUGCGACCCAAUCGUGGAGUUUUCGAGGAACUUUUCCCCUCUAGUGAUGCCUCUCGAGCUCAGGGUGUUUUCACCACUGGUGACUCUAAUCACCCUACCUCCGCCGCGGUAGCCCCCCAGUCUUUCACACCUAUUGGUGGCGGUUUGCCUUUUGGGGGUAGUCAAGGCGGCGCUGAGCCUCCUUCUGCCCAAGUCCGACAGAUGGUUAUGCCCGACCGUAUGAGAUGGGUUUAUCUCGACCCGCAAGGACAGGUGCAAGGUCCGUUUACUGGUCUGGAGAUGAACGACUGGUACAAAGCAAACUUCUUUACCCCUGAUCUGCGAGUGAAGAAAGUGGAGGAUCCCGAAUUUGAGCCUCUGGGUCAACUUAUUCGUCGCAUAGGUAACUCGCGCGAGCCGUUCUUGGUACCUCAAAUCGGCAUUCCCCACGGUCCCCCUGCGCAGCCUGGACCUUUCCCCUCUCAGGGAAACAGUGGUGUAGUGCCGCCCCUGAGCGGCGUGUUCCCCAGUUUCGGGCGCACCCUUACGGCUGAGGAACAAAAUAACCUGGAGAGACGCAAGCAGGAAGAGCAGUAUCUGAUGGUUCAGCAGCGGGAAUAUGUCAUGCGCGCUCAGGCGAUGUCCAAAUUCCCCAUUCCCGGCCCAAUGCUACAGCACCACUCCAGCGCCCACAGCCUCCAGAGUCAGCCUAGCUUUGGAAGUAUCUCCUCGCCAAACCCCAUCGGAAUGGCUCCUCACCAGCAGCCCAUCGGUGCUAUGCCCCCUUCUGGCGGUUUCUUUGAAGGAGCUGGGCCAGUAGGCAGCCAGACAUCAGUCCCGUCGGGUUCGGGAAACGGAGAUCCCUUCAGAGAUGAUGACCUGUCGAGCUUUGCGAACACUGAGCGUCAGCUACUCGCCAAUCUUCAGAGCUCCGGUGCGCCCCAUCCCAUCGGAGCCCCUGCUGCCGAUGCUGGUGUUCGCGCUGGACUGCCCGACACGGAGAACCUUGAGCAAGAUCCUGAAGGGUUCAAAAAUCGCCUACAACAGUUUGAAGAUCUCCGAGCUGAAAUCGAGGCUGAACAGGCUGCCAAGCCCGAAGAGAGUAGUGAUGAGGAAUUAUCUGAAGAACUCGCUCCUGCUGACGAGGCUGCUCCCGAGGAGACCCAGCAACGUGCGGAGGUUCCAGUUUUGACUGGCAAGGCUGCUCGAGCUGCCAAGAAGAAGGCUGCAGAGGACGCUUUGUCUCUGACUCAACAGGUCCAGCAGACUCAGGCCGCCGCCGCUGCAGCCGCUGCUCAGCCAGUCGAGCCCGAUAUGCCGAUGCCAUUUCCCCCUCCCGCGUCUACUGGAACUCCUCUUCCCGCCCCAACAGCCCAGCGUGCCCGGUCGAACCUCCCCGAACAGUACAAUCGCUCUCAGACCGGAACCCCUGACAGUGCUUCCGUCAAUGCGCAGCCACCACCACUGGCUCCUUGGGCAAAGGACCACGGAGCUGAGAGUCACAAGGGGCCCAGCCUGAAGGAGAUUCAAGAGGCCGAAGCACGUAAGGCUGCCAAAGCUGAGGAGGUUGCUGCUGCUCAGAGGAAGGCUAUUCUUGAGCAAGAACUCAAAGAACGUGAGAAGACAGCUGCCGCUUCUAACGCUGGUCUACCCGCUACUAGUACUUGGGGCCACGGUUCUCCUGCUCCAGCUGGCAGCCCUUGGUCCAAGCCCGGGCCAUCCAAGACUACCUCUACCGCUGCCCCUUCAGCUCCGGCUUCUAGCAAGAAGACUCUUGCCGAGAUCCAGCGUGAGGAAGAGCUUCGUAAACAGAAAGCCAGCCAGGCAAGCCCUCAGGCCAGUACUCCUACUGGCGUAUCCAAGAGCUAUGCCAACCUAGCCGGCAAGCCAGGCCAAUCCAUCCUGACUAAUGCUGCGUCUGCUGCGGCCGCCGCUGCUGCUACGGCUCCACCCCCCGGGAGUGGUUGGGCUACUGUUGGUGCUGGUGGUAAGGUUAAGGUUCCCACCGGUCCAUCGUCACAAGGUCGAACAGUCAGUGCCACCAACAUCAAGCCUAUUGCUUCGCCUACAAAGCCAACCUCUAAGCCUGUGACUUUGGGCAAUGGCAAGGCUGACACUGGCAAUGCUGCCAUGGAGGAGUUCAACAAGUGGGUCGGCCGGGAGCUUUCCCGGGGCAUUACUGCAGUCAGCGAUAUCGCCACUUUCCAGGCCACUCUUGAUAUCAUGCCUCUUGACGCUGGCUUGAUUGCUGACGCUGUUUACGGUAACUCGACCACUAUGGACGGCCGUCAUUUCGCCGAGGAAUUCAUUCGCCGCAAGAAGCUUGCUGAACGCGGAGUCGUUGAGAAGCAGCCCGACAACAAGGGGGGGAACGGUGGCGGUUGGAGUGAAGUUGCCAAGAAGGGAGGUUCCAGCAAUUCCGCCACCACCGCUACUGCUGCCACUGCUACUAGCCCUCGAGAUGACGCCGGCAUGCAGGCCGCUGGUUUUAAGGUUGUGCCAGGCCGAAAGAAGGGCAAGAAAUAG